UCGAAGAUGUGAAGCACAUGGAUUCUGUUGACAUUUGCAGGAGCUUCAGAUUGCGACCGAUUCAUUUCUGAGGUCCACAGCUCCUCCCUCCCUCUUCUGCAUGUUAUUGCACAAUGGCAGCCACCAUGGAUGGUAACAUGAAGCCUCUACAAACUGCAAUGAGGCUGGUCAAGACUGCAAUACAGUUGGAUUCGGGAAACAGACACAAGGAGGCGUACUGCGAAUAUUUGAGGAGUAUCAACUAUAUAUCCCACGCCCUUUUGGAGGAUGCAUCAUCAAAACAGGAUGAAAUGGGAAGCAUGGAAGUGGAGAAGAUGCUAAAGUUGGCUGAACAGUGUCUGGAAAGAAUCAAGUCAUUUGCUGCAAAACAAAACGAACCUCCACCGCCAUACACAUCUUUGCCCAACCAGACGUUCUCCUCCAGCCUCCCCCCAGUUGUGGCCAACACUACGCCAGCCGCACCUGAGAAGACAGACGUAGAGUCAGAUGUGCAUAGCAGACCAAACACUGGAAUUCGUCUCAGGCACCGGCGUGUCCUAUCAGAGGGAGAGGGGACGGCCUCCCCCUUUCUGCCCCCUGAGAUCUUCCAGAGGCUGCAGACAGUGGAGACCCCAGAUAAAAAGGAACUCACCCCAAUUGAGGAGGCAUCUCGUCUGAAUGAGAAGUUGAAGGCAAACUAUGAGGCUCGAAUGGCUAGACUUUCUCCAGGGCAGGCAACGCAGAAAACAUCAUUGACCCUCUCCCUCCAGCGGCAAAUGAUGGAAAACCUCAUCAUCGCCAAAGCCAGGCAAGAUGCUCUCCAGAGGAAGAUGGAGGAGCGAAGACUGCGGCUUCAGGAGGAGGCAAAUAGGAGGUUUGCUUCAUCCGGCACUAUGUCAGCAGAAGACCAAGAGCAGCGCUUACUGUACGCCAACAUUCUUGAAUAUGAACAAGAUCAUGACUGGCCAAAGGUGUGGAAGGCAAACCUGAAGAAGAAUCCCGAAGAUCCCGGCUUGGUCUCUGGGCUCGUCAACUACAUGCUCAGCUGCGCUGACCAUCCUGUGGUCAUGUUGCUCCACCGGCUGCAGUACCGCACCUACAACCGCCUCUACCCCAUCAUCAGCAGGUAUGCCCCCCCAAGCCCCAUGGCAGGCUACGGGACCUCCAUCAAGCCUUCGCGCAGCGCCCACAGCCUGCUGCUGCACCCGGACAGCUCCCACGGCAACGCGCCGGGCGUCGUCCACUCGCUAUCCGACGUUUCGCUGUCCGUGUCGCUCACGCACGACCACAGCACGCACGACCAGAGCUCGCACGACCACAGCACCCACUACGAGGAGACGGACAGCGAGGACCCUCACGGCCACGCCGCGCCGGACCGGGAGAACUCCUUCGAGGACCUGGAGCAGUUCCUGACACAGCUGGACUGGGGUCAGCGCACCGACCUGGACUUGACCUCUGACCCUGUGCAUGGGGAGACGGAGGCUCAUAUCCAGGACCAGGAGGAGCGGGCCCUCAAGGAGCACCUGAAGACCAUUGUUAAGGACAUUCACAAUACCAUUGAUCGACUGUUAUCGUUAUGUUUGCUGUCAUUCGAGUGCCUCAACACUGCAAGCGGCAAAGACAUAUGUGUGGCCAGCAUAGAAGAGGCUUUCUUCACACCACUAUGGAGUCCCCUUCUCGCACUGUUCAGAAAGGUGUACCACGAGCGAGAGCUGGCCUUCGAGAUCAGCGCCAAGCUGUACCGUGACGCGUCGCCAGGUGACAUUGGAGUCCCACCAAAACUCUUCCCCAGUGACCCAUCUUUGCUGAAUGGUUCCUACCCGUAUGAGCUAGCGGUGCAGGAACUGAAGAUAUUGUGCAGGGACUGCUGUCCACAGAGGAAACUGGAGUGCAUCGUGAGAACACUGAGGCUCAUCUGUGCGUGUGCUGAAGACUACCGCUGUCUCCAGGAGGACAACUUGCCUCCCAAAACAGCUGCUAUUGGUGCAGAUGACCUGUUGCCCAUCCUCUCAUUUGUGGCCUUGCGCACAGAGCUUCCCCAGCUGGUUUCUGAGUGUGCCGCUUUGGAAGAGUUCAUUCAUGAGGGGUACCUGAUUGGUGAGGAGGGCUACUGUCUCACUUCAAUGCAGAGUGCGCUUACCUAUAUAGAAUCACUACACACCUUGACCACUCCACUGCCUAACACUAAGCUCACCUGACCGAUGAAGGGCAGACGAUGCAUGCUGUUUCUGAGAGGAGAUGAAGUUCCUGUGAGAACGCAGUAGAACCCUACACAGGACCGCCACCCCCCCCCCCACCACCACCACCACUCAGCUCACCCAGCUCACCCUGCCUCUCCCUCCUCCUCAAACUCACCCCACCACACCCCUCUUCCAUCCUGUAAAUACCCCCACCCCUACUCAGGGGCGUCGUUAUGACGAUGCCUCUCACAUAUAUCCCAAGUUCCAUUGGUUUCUAGUGACUUGAGGGGGGUAGGCUGACGACUAUGUGUGUGUGAGAGAGAGCUGGGUGAACGUGGAUAGGAGAUAAGCAGGGACCCUGUGUGUGUGGUGGUUACUGCUGCGGGUAGUGGCUGGUGCGGAGAAAGACGACGCCCCAUCAGUGAUCCUCAGGCAGCUUACUCUGGACCAGCCCAGAGCAGAGCAGAGCAGGGCAGAGCAGAGCAGGACAGGCCUGGUGUUGUUGGCAAACAUUCUGUAGAGCAACCACAGUCACAGCCGUCAAGCAAUCUUAUCAAUACACCCUUGUCUAUAUAAAGGCAAGAGUUCGGCCAUGUGUUGGCCAGGUGUGUCAUUUAUGUAUCAACAAGCAUGUGCCUGAUGUCUUCUCAUCCAGUGUGACAUUAUCAGAGGCCCACAUGCCUGAUGCUAUGGUUGAUUUUAAAUGCCCUCUUCCUGCAGUUUUAGAUUUUGUGAUCAACCAUAGUCCCAUAUUUUACUAAUCGAAGCACUGCUUGUGUCUCUUUCUGUGGAAGGAUGAUGUCUUGCACUACUAUACAACAACAAUAUUAUAUAUCAAUGAGCGGAUUCUUUGAUUACAUCUUAUUUACUUGUUUCUAAGUUUGUUUUAAAGGACUUUUUUUUUGGAGGAAAUAUCACUACUCUCUUGUACAAAGAAACAGAAGUGGCCAUUAAGGCUUUAGAGCUGUAAGAUUGCUGAACCCGUCGACCAGUUGGAGAUAGCAAGUAGACACUAUUCACAUGUUCAUCAUGUUUUGUUUCGGCACACAAUGUUCUUAAUUUAGUAUUUAUAUUGAUUACACAUUAUGUGUAUAUAUUUUUUGCACUUUGGUUUAUAGGGAGAUGUUGUUUUUAUUUUUUAAUUUUUUAAUUUUGGCAACUUUUUUUUCCUGGUGUACAUUUGCCACAGUGAUACACUUAACAUUUAAGACUGCACUUCAAAUGUGUUUAUACAGUUGAAUAUUAUAACAUAAUACUCAAUAUAUAAGAGUGGAAUAUUAUGUUAUGAAAUGAGGUGUGUGUGUGUGUGUGUGCGUGUGUGCGUGCAUGAGCGAGAGAGAGAGACAACCAUUGGUGUAUGUGUUUGCACAAACAGAUCAUGUAUGUUUUCAGCAAUUUAAUCCCUUAAAAAGCAAGAUGGGUUCACAAGAAUCAUCUCCAGAUUUCUGUCGUUAUUUCUUUCCCUUGAGUGGUGCGUAAUUAGGGUGGAGCUAGCUAGCAAGCAUCAUCCAGGCAGUGUCACAUCUCAACAAGCUACUUCUGUGAUGUGAUGUGUGUGUGUGUGUGUGUGUGUGUGUGUGUGAGAGAGAGAGAGAGCGCGCGGACCGGCCUGUUCUGUGCCCUGGUGCCACACACUCACACUCCUAUGUUGGCACACUGCACUUUGGGUCGUACUAGGCAGCCAGUGGUGAGGGUGAGACUGCCACUAUCAGAGGAGUUCACAUCGAGCUUUUGUUUUGUUUACUCUGUCUCUAUGUUCUGUAUUGUUUGUCCCUUAUAGCCAAGGGUGGUUUGUGGUCCUAUUAACCACUGCACUCUGAUCAUGUAAACUAAAGUUAUUGUUUUCAUUUUUUUUAUGCUGCGGAUUUGCUAUUUAAUACUUUUUAUUGCGUUUGUAUGAGGGAAAAGUGUUAAGAAAUGUGAAAAGAAUUGCUGUGCAAGACCACUCAAACUACUGUAUCUUUGUAUGUAUUAUAAAGUAUGAGGUAUGACACUUAAUCUUUUCCUGAUUGUCCUAAUGCUAAAUUAACCUUUUAAAUGUACUCGUGCAGCUAGCCAUGAUAUAAAUUGUAGGCAAUUUUGUGCUUAAGGCAAGAUACUCAGCAAGAGUUUUAUUUGUUGUUUGUUUAUCUGUUGUCUCAACCAUUUUUUUAGAUAUCUAUUAUAAUGUGAAUGUACACUGGAUCUCAAAAAGACUGAUGGCAUUUUUAUGUGAAGCUGUGUUUCCAUGUUUUCCCCAUCUUGGCCUGAUUUGGAGAAUUGCAAUGGCAUCAGUUGAGUUUGCUUUGUGAGUUCUAUUUCUCUGUGUGUGAGUGAGACAGAGAGAGAGAUUGUGUGUGCAAGAGCGAAUGGGAUUGAUAUCCAGGAGAUUUCUAACAAUAAAGAUGUAUCUAAACUUUAAA